AUGAACAGAGAUCUCGUAUAUACCUGUGAUGUAAGUAAUGCAAGAAACAAUUUAUCAAGAAAUUUAUUCUUGUACAAAAGAAAAUUGGUGAUAAACAAUGCAAACUAAGAUCAUUCCAACACUGAUAUUGAAUUGGAGUAAAGGAGCAGAGAAAUUGAGCUUCGAUCCCAUUUGACAACAAUAAGUUGGAUAUAUAAGUAUAUUACUUAAUAUAAAAUUUAGUGAGAAUAUCAUCAAAGGGUUUAAAGUUUCAUAUUAAUGCAAUUAUUCAAUGACUUAAAAGUCAAUAACUUAUUUAGCUGAUGCAUAAAAGUUGAAACAAUUAAAGUAAUUACUCGAUGGGUAAGUAUUGUACACAGACUUUAAUAAUUAUUAUCAGUUUAAAAGUUCCCUUAUUUAAAAGGAAGAUGUCUAAGUAACGAUAUUCUAUAUAAGCUAAAUAGAUUUCCAAAUAUGUUCAAACAGAAACAGGAGAACUAAAGAUAGUUAAAAUGGCCAAAAUUAAUGAUUAAGUAGAUUAAAUAACUAUUUCAGUCAAAGCUCCAGCAGGAUUUAAAGAUUGUUUUCGAAUUAAAUCAAUAAAAAUACAAAAGUAUUCUCGAAAUUGAUGAAGUUUACAAAGAUUCCAAUGAGAUAAUCUUUGUUAUGAAGUACUGUAGAGGUGGAACUCUGUAUAAUUAUCUAGUAGAAAGAAACAAUGCCUUAGAAAUAGAAGAGACCAAAUAUAUCAUGAAGAGACUUCUAAAAGGGGUGAAACACUUACAUAAAUUGGGAAUAAUUCAUAGAGAUCUAAAAUUGGAUAAUAUCGUUUUGGAAAAUUAAAAUGAUUUAAAAUCUAUAAAAAUAAUUGAUUUUGGCUUUGCUGUAGAAAUUGGUUACUAAACUUAAGUCAGAUGUGGUACGCCUGGAUACAUAGCUCCUGAGAUUUUAAAUCAGGAGGACUAUGAUGAAUUAGUUGAUAUUUAUAGUUUAGGAAGUAUAUUUCAUUCUUUAUUAUCUGGACAGAAACUGUAUCCAGAAUAUUAGGAUAAGUAACAUUUAAUUUUUUUGAAUAAAUUAAACAAAGUCAAAGUAUCUUCCAAGAUAAUGGACAUAGAAUAAAGACAACUCUUACUUCUGAUGAUUGGGCAUAAGAAACAUCGACCUUCAGCUUCUCUAUGUCUUAAACAUUAAUUUUUCAGAAAGGGAUGCAUUAUCCCUCAUCCAAUAGAAAAUUAAGUAAAAUAAUUAUGCUUCCCAAACAUCAAAAACCCUUUUAAGAGUAAAUCUUUUUGA